AGAGAUGUCGUCUGGCAGCUCGGCGGUGUUAUUGUUGCUGCUGCUGCUGCCGUUGAAGCUGUUGAGACCAGCCGCUGAGUAUGCAGUUGCGGUGUCGUUUUCCUCGUUGACAUGCAUGCGUGAGGUGCGUAUGGAUCUAGGCGCAUAUAUCGGGCAUGGAGUAGAAGUUCGACCAGUAUAAACCCGCCAUGGUGGCCACCACAUUGUUGCAGCCAGCAAUCCACCAAUCAGACCAGCCCAGCGGUAUUUCGACGGGCUUGAGAGCAAACGCAUGCAUUUUGAGGACCCGCUUGUCGCGUCGCAGGUCAGCGACGACACAGCCUUUUACUCCUCCUUCCAACUCUGCAAAGCUAGCUCGACACACCCUCUUCUUAUAUUAUUCCUCUUCUCUCUGCAUCGCUGUUUCCAAUUUAUAUAAGAUUUUCAAGUUGCAAAGCAGGCGAGGAGAAAUUCAUUCACGAUGCAGAUGCUAACAAAGUUUGAGACGAAGAGCAGCCGCGUCAAGGGCGUUGCGUUCCACCCGAAGCGCCCCUGGAUUCUGGCUUCUCUGCACAAUGGCAGCAUUCAGCUGUGGGACUACCGAAUGGGCACUCUGCUUGAGCGCUUCGAGGAGCACGAGGGACCGGUCCGUGGGAUCUCGUUCCACCCGUCGCAGGAGCUGUUUGUAUCCGGUGGUGACGACUACAAGGUCAAGGUGUGGAAUUACCGGACCAGGCGCUGUCUGUUCACGCUGCAGGGCCACUUGGACUAUGUGCGCACAGCCCGAUGGAUCAUCACUGCGUCGGACGACCAGACGAUCCGUAUCUGGAACUGGCAGUCGCGCCAGUGUAUCGCGGUGCUGACGGGCCACAACCACUACGUCAUGAGCGCCGAGUUCCACCCGACUGAGGACCUGGUCGUGUCGGCGUGCCUGGAUCAGACAGUGCGUGUAUGGGACAUUUCGGGUCUGCGCCAGAAGAGCGCUGCUGGCGCGCAGCCAGUGAUGAUGGCCGAUCCGCUGGCCUCGCAGCGCAUGGGUGCCCAGGGCGAUUUCUUCAACGCAACUGACGUCGUGGUCAAGUUUGUGCUUGAGGGCCACACUCGCGGUGUCAACUGGGCCACGUUCCAUCCGACCAUGCCCCUGAUUCUGUCGUGCGGCGACGACCGGCAGAUCAAGAUUUGGCGCAUGAACGACUCGCGGGCCUGGGAAGUCGACACGUGCCGCGGACACUACAACAACGUCAACUCGGCGCUGUUCCACCCCAAGCGCGAGUUCAUCCUGUCGGACUCGGAGGACAAGACCAUUCGCGUGUGGGACACAACCCGUCGCACGCUGCUGGCCACAUUCCGCCGCGAGCAAGACCGGUUCUGGUGCCUCACGGCGCACCCGGAGCUGAACCUGUUUGCUGCAGGCCACGACAACGGCCUGAUUGUGUUCAAGCUCGAGCGCGAGCGCCCGGCUGCGGCUAGCCACCACAACAACCUGCUGUAUGUGCGCGAAUCGCAGAUCCGCAUCCACGACUUCGCCAACAACAACGACGCGGCUAUGAUUGCCAUUCGCUCGGCUCCCGCUGGGCAGUACCUCCCGCCGCCGCGCUCGAUGAGCUUCAACCCGGCAGAGAAGGCUGCGCGCCGUGGCACCGGAACCAGUGCCAUCUGGACGGGUCGCAACCGGUUUGCCGUGCUGGACAAGGCACAGCAGCAGAUCCUGAUCAAGGACCUGACGAACCAGACCACAAAGACUAUCCAGCCGCCAGUUACCGUCGAGGCCAUCUUCCCGGCCCCGGGAUCGCAGAUUCUGCUGGCCACUGCCACUUCGGUGGUGCUAUACGACGUGCAGACGCGCCAGAUGCUGGGCGAGAUCAGCGCAGCCCCGGUCAAAUACGUUGUGUGGAGCAGCGAUAUGUCGUCGGUGGCACUGCUGUGCAAGCACACGAUUACGCUGGCCAACAAGCACCUUGAGCAGCUGUGCCAGGUACACGAGACUAUCCGCAUCAAGAGCGCGGUGUGGGACGACUCGGGUGUGCUGCUGUACACCACGCUGAACCACAUCAAGUUUGCACUGCCCCAGGGCGACACGGGCACCAUCCGCACCAUCGACAACCCGAUCUACCUGGUUCGCGUCAAGGGCGGUGAUGUGCACUGCCUCGACCGCGAGGGCAAGGUGCAGGUGAUCAAGGUUGACCCGACCGAGUACCGGUUCAAGCUGGCGCUCGUGCACCGCAACUACGAGGAGGUGUCCAUCAUUGCGUACCUGCAGCAGAAGGGCUACCCCGAGAUUGCACUGCACUUUGUGCGCGAUGACACUGCCCGGUUUGAGCUUGCUCUGGAACAGCCAAAGCCAUCUGACAAGCCGGCGUACUGGGACAAGUUCAGCCAGGAGGCCCUGCGGCGCGGCCACGUGCAGAUGGUCGAGCUUGCUUACCAGCGCAACAAGGCGUACGACCGCCUGUCGUUCCUGUACAGCGUCACCGGCAACAUCACCAAGCUGGGCAAGAUGCAGAAGAUCGCAGUCAUGCGCAACGACCUGCAGUCCCGUCUGCAGAACGCGCUGUACCUGGGCGAUGCCGAGGAACGUGUGCGCGUGCUGCGUGAGUCGGGACAGCUGUCACUGGCGUAUCUGACGGCCAAGACCCAUGGCCUGGCUGAGGAGGCCGAGGCCAUCCGCGAGGCGGCGGGUAUCGAUGAGGCCAGUAUUACUGGCGUGCCGACAAAGUCCAGCCUGCUGCAGCCAGCCACUCCGAUUUUGCCCGCAGCAGACCUUGACUGGCCGCAGCUGCGCGUCUCCAAGGGCAUCUUUGACGGCAAGUUCAACUUUGGCGACAAGGGCGCAGCCGGCCCGCAGCCAGGCAAGUCGCGUGUUGCUGACCUGGCCACCGCCGACGGCAACGAUGUCGAGGAGGAUGCCGGAGCCUGGGGCAUUGAUGAGGAUGACGAUGUCGCGGGCGAUAGCCGCGCUGCUGCCGCUGCUGGCCGGUUUGAUGACGAGGACCUGCUCGACGAUGAUGCCGAGGAGGGCUGGGGUCUGGAGGACGAGGGCGAGCUUGAUGCGGAGCUGACCGCCGAGGCCACAGCAGCGGCGGCGGCUGACUUUGUGGCACCCCAGCCUGGCACCAGCGAGCUGGAGCAGUGGUCGCGUAACUCCCAGCUUGCGGCCGACCAGAUCGCUGCUGGCAACUUUGAGCAGGCGAUGAAGCUGCUGCGCGACCAGGUCGGCAUUGUGUCGUUUGAGGCACUGAAGCCAGCGUUCCUGGAGAUCUACUCUGCCUCGCGUGCGGUGCUGACCACAACGCCGUCGUCGGAGCCCAUGCGUGCCGAGGCCACGCAGGCAUCGGAGUACCUGCCGGUGCAGAUCUACAGCCUGACGACGUCGCUGGAGCUCCUGCAGCAGGCGUAUCGCGAGAUGACUGCGGGCAAGUUUGAGGACGCACAGACCCUGUUCCGGCGCCUGCUGCUGUCGCUGAUAUUUGUUACUGUCGACUCGAGCGAGGAUGCCAAGGAAGUCAAGGAGCUGCUGCAGAUCUCGCGCGAGUACGUGCUGGCGUGCACUGUCGAGAUGGAGCGCGCGGCGCUGGCCAAGCAAGAGGCGGGCGAGGAGAACGACACGCGGGUGGUGGAGCUGGCGGCGUACUUUACGCACUGCCAGAUGCGCGCAGACCACGAGAAGCUGGCGCUGCGGUCGGCGAUGAACAUUGCCUACAAGGGCAAGUGCUUCAUUGCCGCCGGAGAGUUUGCCCAGCGGCUGCUGGAUCUGGUGCCGUCGCCAAAGAUUGCUGAUAGAGCACGCAAGAUCAUCGCUCUGUGCGACCGACAGAGCGUCAACACGCUGUCGAUCGAGUACGAUGCGCGCAACCCAUUCAGCCUGUGCGCAGCGUCCCACAAGCCGAUCAACCGCGGCGACGCCUCAGUCGAAUGCCCGUACUGCCAGGCUGUGUACACGCCCGAGUUCAACGGCAGCGUGUGCCAGGUGUGCCAGAUUGCCGAGGCUGCGUAGAGAUAUUUCGACCACUUUUCUUUCUCAUCUUACAAACAAAAUCCAACAGCUUCAGAAUUUAUUUGCCUCCAGCUCCUAGCCUAGAGCCUCUGGAUGACGACGGCGCUGGCGCCGCCGCCGCCGUUGCAGAUGGCGGCGCAGCCAAACUGGCCCGGCUUGAGCAGGUGGGUCAGCGUCACGAUGAUGCGCGAGCCCGACGAUCCAAUCGGGUGGCCCAGGGCGACGGCACCGCCAGCAACGUUGACGGUCUCGGGGUUCAGGCCGAGGAUCUUCUCGUUGACACGAGCAACAACGCUGAAGGCCUCGUUGAACUCCC